UUUUUUAGGCUAGAAAGAGUGUCAGUACAAAGCUAAAGCAGAAAAAAAAUAAAAUGGACACCAGGGAUAUGAGUAGCCGGCAUUAAUACUAUGCAGCCACCUAACACUCUGGUUUUCAAAUACUGCAGAGUGCUACAAAACCCUCAUUUUGAAUUGUAAACCAAAAAAAGUAAAAAGGUUGUAGCUUCAACACAUAAUCUGAGACAAUGGCAAAGGUUAAAGAAGUUCCAAAAGUAGAAAGGAGACUCACAAGGUCUCAAACCAAACCUCAGCUCACUCAUCAACUUGUCACCCCACCCGUUUCUGCCAGAAAGGUGUCUGCUUGGGCACCAACAUCUUGUCCUGGUUUGGCCAAUUCAAAACGCAAGACUUUUGAACAGCAUGUUCAAUCUCUACCUGAAAAGAGGCUUAAAAGAGAAGCAAAUGUUCGCAAGAGAAAGCCAGAAAUACGGGUUAAUGAACACGAUGGAUUAGAAGAUGAAUUAAACAUAGACUGGCAGACUCUCAUUAUCAAUGAUACCCUUAAAUCAUUGGGUACCAGAAAUUCACCUGUUCAAGCAUCACAUGCCAAUCUUCCCUCAAUCCCAGCUCCUGCUAUGAAGGAUGGUGAAAUUGGAGGACGUGAGGAAAGUAGUGAAUCUGUAAGCACGGACGAGUUUAACACAGAUUCAGAGGCUCUAAUCAAUAGUUCUCCCCUUAGAUCGAUAACUGUCGCACAACCGAGUACCAAAACUGCAUCAUAUAUGGAUCUUCCCUCGAGCUCAGUUGCAGGAUGUAGGCAAAUUCUUCAGACUGAGACAGAUCAUGUGGACACUAUUCCUUCCGCGUCACUGUUUGUUACCACUCAGCAAGAGAUGACAAAUUCUAAUUCCAGGAUCAGUUUUGGUCUGACGGAGAUGGUGGCCAUGUGUGGUAAUGAGGAUUCUGAUAUGGACGAGGUGGAUUCUUCUGCCAAGGUGACAAUUCCUGGAACCUCAUAUAUGGUGAAGGAAGAAUUGGCUCCUAUUAUCAAGAAAAUUAUUGAGGUCAGAGGAGACAUAGCUGCCCAUCAUAUUUGGAAGACACUUGAGGGUCGUUCUAUGGCAUUGGAGAACCUUGCUGAUUUCUUCAAACAAAAUCAAACAAAAAAGUUUCACGAGUUUUCUGAAGUUGGAAUUCAAAAUGCACUUAACCUUGUUUAUGAUUUCAGCAGUGCACGUUUGGAUGUUGGGUGGCUGCAGCAAAGAUUAGAGGAUAUCUUACACGCGAAGAAGCUUACAAAGGAGGCAUCCACCUUGAAGAAGAUGAGGGAGACCAGUGUUGAAGCCAUUAAGAAGAAGAAGAGAGAGCUGGAACAACUUGAAAAAAAGAUGGAUUUAGCAAAGAAGGAACUGGAAAUUGAGCUUGCUAAGGGUGAAAAGAUAAAGAUUUUUGUGUCAAACGCUAAGGCUGAAGUUAAGUACUUUAUAGAUCACCUACCAUUGGAUGGUCUCUUCUGAUUUUACCUGGUAUUUUGCUCCUCUUGCAGUGAUAGUCUUUUUAUUAGGUCUAUAUCUAUUACCAAGUAGUGGCCAUUUGGUAGGUUUUAUUGCGAACAAAAAUCUGUAACUGAUGAAAUCUUCAUUAUACUUGAUUUCACCUCAUAUGAUUUCCUGCUUCCAGCUGAAAACUUUGUACCUCAGCCUAACAUUUAUGUCAGUCUGUAGAUUUACAAUCUAUCAGUGUAUGCUUGGUGCUGCUGUUAAUUUUCA